GUCGAUGCAGCGGGGCGACAACUCGGCGAUCAAGCCUUCAGCAGGUUUGUAGCAUCAUUGCUUAGUACAUCAGUUCAGUUUGCCAGAUCGUCGGCGAAUCUGGCACCUGGCGGAUGCGGAAUUCAGUACAUGGAUUUGUCUGGCAAUUGCUUGACAGACACAGCCGCGGUGGCGUUGGCAGAGUGCUUGACCUGGAUGCGAGAGAGCCUCGGAGGUCAUAUGCUGAGGUCCCUUCGGCUGUCCUCCAACAACAUUGGCCCGGCUGGAGCACAGGCACUGGCCCUGAGCUUCCUGCCGCAGAACGCUUCUGAUGCAAGUUCACCGUACCGGCUUGCACUGUCCGAGAACCCGUUGGGCGACGAGGGUGUGACGCUCGUGGCAGAUGCGGUUCGAAGAAGACGAUCUGCAGCAGUCCUGGAGCUGAGUGGUGUGGGCUGUGGCGCUGCCGGCUGCAGAUCUUUGAUUGAAAGCCUUGAGUGGCUGCGGGGCCUGGACCUUUGCGAGAACUCGAUUCCUGAUGUUGAGCUUGGGAAUUUGGCUGAGGGCUCAGAUCUCGUCGUCCUCCUCUUCCUCGAAGUUCAACACCUGCAUGUCAUCGCGCUCAUUUCUCCUCUUGCUGAUUUUAAUCCUGAUCGUAAUCCUCUCUCUUUGCUUCGCCAUCGCGUGGGCAGCGUCAACCUUGAAUGGCAGCAAAGCUCCCAGAGUCUCAUGACUUUCGGCUCCCACCUCUCAACACAGGCCGGUUGCGGAGACUUCCAGAUGAUGCCAUACAUCCACGCCCACCUCAGAGUGGAUGCGCUGACACAGGUUGGGAUUGGGGCGAUGAGAUGCCACGCGUUGUACACACCGGGCAUUCUCACGCGCAACAAGUCCAAGUCUGUGAUUCAACAGAUGAGAGGCAUGAAGCAAGUUUGCGCGACAGCGGUGAAGCCCAACGAGGCGCCAUGGUCUGCGGGUGCCCUGCGAUCACAAGGGUCGCGUGCAGAGGCCGUACUGCAGCGUGCUCGCAAAGCUCUGGGCAGUCCUGGCCAGACUGCAGCUUCCAGGCCCUUGGUGCUCUCCUGCGACCCCGGUGGGCCUGGCGUGGCGGCUGGCGCAGACCGCGCCGGAGUCGGAGCGCGAGCCUACGGCGCAGCUGUGGCAUCUCGAGGGCAUCAGCAAGCCUUGGAAGCCAGUCAGAGGACGAGGCUGUCGUCGAAGACCUCUACGACCGCACAGGCGGUGUUGGACCGUGCUCGCAGCGUGCUGCAGAGGAAGCCUGGAGAUGGGCAGCCUGCGCUGCUUGUCGCUCCGAGCCAGCAGCUGGCGAUGGGGAGCCAGGAGCCCAUGUUUCCGGGCCCGAGCUCGGCGAGCUCCGCGAGCUCGGGUAGCUCGGCGCCAAGGGGCCAAGGCCCCGUAGGGGUGCCAGGCCUUGAGCCGCCAAGGAGAGAGCUCAUAGAGCUCCAAGCUUCGCAGCAGGAAGCUCCUCCUUCCGGCUCGGCUCCCUCAAGCAGGGAGGAGGCUAUGUCGUAUCAGCGCGCCGCGGCGGGCGUCUCGCACCUUCAGAAGGCUCUUCGACACCUGGAAGGCGGCUUGGGCAUGGAGCAGCGGGAACGGGACGAACCGGUUCUGCGUCCAUGCCUGGACCUCAGCGAGCCGGAUGCGGAAGCCCUGGCGAUGCCGGAACGGAUGGUGCUGAUGGAGGGUAAAGUGGCAGAAAUGCAGGAGGAUAUGCGACGACUUGAACACACCGUAACAUCACUGCAGGCUGAACCAGAGCGGGAGGACGAGAUCCGUGAAGAUCCGGCAUCAAGCGAGGUUUCCGAAACAGAUGCACUGGUCUCCGAGAGUGCUGAGGUGACCUCGACGAUGACGACAGUGCAUCCGGUAACGGACCUGUCGGGUUCUGUGUCCCCUGCCGAUCAGGACAUGGACCUGCCACAGGACAGCCCGCCGGUGCCCACCAAGAAAGGAGGCCCGCCUCUGCCACCAAAAGGAAAGGGGAAAGGCAAGCUCGGAAAGGGUCCUCCACCUCCGGCUCUCCCCAAAGCAGACGCACAGGCAGGGGACCAAGCCGGACCCCCACCUCCGCCUGGCAAGGGCAAGUCCUUAGGAAAAGGCAAGGGCCCAAAAGGCGGCAAGGGGGGCCCCGGCGCUCCGCCAAAAGGCCCACCUCCCAAAGGCGCGGGGCCUGCGAAGGCCCCCGGCAAGGAUCCGGUUCCGAAGGCGGAGACCAAGGCACCAUUCCUCAAGAAGCUGUACUGGAAGCAGGUGGACAUUCAAGAUGCGGAAGGGACCAUCUUCAGCGAGGAGACGAGAAGCAGGUCAAACACCUGCUCAGCCGCGAUUGAUUUCACGGCAUUGACUCGCAUGCUGGAGGCAGAACAGGCCAAGGGCUCCCAGCUGCAACGGCGGUCCUCUGGCGUCCUCAGCAAGGCUCAGCAGCGGAACAUCGGGACCAAGGUCUUGAGCGAUCACCGAGCACGAAACAUUGCCAUCGUUCUGAAGCGCCUGCCUCUCUCCACCAAAGAUUUGGUCUUGGUCCUGAAGAAGCUGGAGUGGGAGAACGAGAGGAUAGGAACAGAUGAUUUGGAGCAGAUUCUGGAGGUCAUUCCCACGCAGGAGGAGGCCAAGCACCUACGCGAGCACAGCUCAGAGGAGGACUGCAGAAAGCUGCGGGAUGUGGAGCAGAUGGUCAUGCCACUUGCCUUACUGACCCGGGCUUCGGCCAGGGUCCGAGUCCUUUGCGUGGCUCGAAAUGCACGGCUGCAGUUCAAGUCCACUGCGCGGGCUCUGGCCAAGAUUCGAGCUGCGUGUUCUGCAAUCCAGAAGUCUGGCAUGCUGCGGAGCGUCACCAUGCUGGCACUGCAGCUGGGCAACUACAUCAACCACGGGGACUCGAAGAAAGGUGCGAAAGCCAUUGUCAUAAGCUCGCUCAUGGCCCUCAAGGACUUCAAAGUUGGAGAGAUCUCGUCCCUCCACUUCCUUUGUGCCUCGCUGUUGCGCUCCAAUCCCAAGCUUGAUGCGGCACAAGCUCUCCUGAGAGAGCUUCAGCCGGCAGAGAGGAUCGCCAAGAUGCAGGUGCAGGGCCUUUCAGCAGCCUUGCGCACUUUCGCUCGAGACCUCGACACCGUCAAAGCUGAAUGCCAGAACCACCUCCAAGAGUACGAAGGUGAAGAAGGGCAAUCUGCAGAGGAUGAAGAUGGCAAGGAGCUCGGGGAUGCACUGGACGAGGUCCACGCGAUGACAGCGGCAGCCGAAGCCGUCGAGUUCAGUCCGACCAGCCUGCAGCGGCAGGACGAGGAUGCGACGCGAUGGGUCGAGGACGUGAUGAAAAUUCGAGGUGGUGCACGGCGGCGGCUGCGGUGCAUGAGGAGGAUCGUGGAGAAACUCCAUCAGCUCCUGAAAGUGGAUAUGGAGCGCACGGCAGAAGAGGUCUAUUCGACGCUGCGCUUCUGUGGCGUACUGCUGCAGAAGCCUUCGAGCGAG